UUAGAUCAGACGAAGAAGUUGUCUCAAAUCAAAACACUGAAUUGUCCAGUUGAACUAAGUCAAACCCUGCGACUGUACACCCACUCCUGAAGCCCGGAGGCAUACUUUCGUCACAGCCGAGACCACACACCCUUCAAACCAGCAGCCAAACAAGCUUUUUCAAGCAUUCGAAAUGCAAGGACUCUCCAUUACAAGCUCCAUCGCAGCCUCUAUCGGCAUCGCUGGCUCCAGCUGGCUCGCGGGCAACAUAUCCAGCCUCUCCACCAUAUCCAUCCCUUCACUCCUAGACACGCCCUCUGUCUCUCCACAUAUCCUCGCCCUUCAAUGGCGCAACGUCUUCACCCGCGGCAAAUCCAGCAUGCCGCCUGGCGCAAUCAUUAUCGCGCUCAGCUACGGCUACCUCUCCUACAACCAGCGCUCGGGUGGGAUUCAUUCGUGGAAGAGGUAUUUAGUGGCGGGGAUGCUAACGCUAUGCAUUGUGCCAUUCACGAUAUUUAUGAUGUCGAGUACGAAUGAGGCGUUGUUGAAGAUUGCGGAGGGGGAGGUGGGUGAGGGAAGGAAGGGGAUAACUAUGGAGACCACCAGGGAGUUGCUCGAGAGGUGGAGGGGUUUGAAUUUAAUCAGGUCGGUGUUUCCGUUGUUCGGGACGGGGGUCGCGUUGUGGACGUUGCUGGGCUGAAUCAAGAUGAGUUUGGUGGAGUAACGUCCCACACCUACAUCCGGGACACCCCCACAUGUGGGACGCCCUAAAAAUGACACUAUUUCACCGUAACUAGGGUUUUCAGACUCGCUAGA